CUUCGUCACCCGGUCGCGGGGGCCUUCCAUCCGGUCUCGAGAAUCCUCCCCUUGCAACCCAACAACAACAAAACCCCACGUCUCGCCCAGUCACCGGGGAGGGGGGGGGACCAUGUCCCAGCGGGUGAGGCGCAAUGGGUCCCCCACGCCGGCCGGCUCCCUCGGGGGCGGUGCGGUCGCCACGGCCGGGGGAUCCGGGAGCCGCCUGCAGCCCAUGAGGGCGACGGUUCCGUUCCAGCUGAAGCAGCAGCAGCAGCAACAUGGCAGCCCCACGCGGAGCAACGGCGGCGGCGGCGGCAACAACGGCGGCUGCUGUGGUGGCGCCUCAGGCCCCUCGGGCGGCGGCGGCAGCAGCGGGGCCCCGCGCACUGCCUCGCGCAGCACAAGCCCCACGCGGGGCGGCGGGAGUGCGGCCGCGCGCACCAGCCCCACGGUGGCCACGCAGACGAGCACGUCCUCGACGUCCACGCGAGGCACCAGCCCCACGCGCGGCGCCGCGCCCGGGGCCCGCGGGAGCCCCCCACGGCCGCAGCCCCCGCCGGCGCUGCUGGGCACCGUGUCGUCGCCUUCUUCGUCGCCCACCCACCUGUGGACAGGCGAGGUGAGCGCAGCCCCACCCGCAGCCCGCGUCCGGCACCGGAGGAGGUCCCCGGAGCAGAGCCGAAGCUCCCCGGAGAGGAGGAGCCCGAGCGCCCCUCUUUGCAAAGCAGGUGACAAAGCAAGACCGCCUUCCUCCAGCCCCUCUAGCAUCAUCCGCCGUACCUCUUCCCUGGAUACACUUGCUGCGCCGUACCUUGCAGGGCACUGGCCUCGUGAUGGUCAUGGGCAAGCUGCUCCUUGCAUGCGGGACAAGGCCACACAGACAGAGAGUGCAUGGGCUGAAGAGUACUCCGAAAAGAAGAAAGGGUCUCACAAGCGUUCAGCGUCGUGGGGCAGCACAGAUCAACUUAAGGAGAUUGCAAAAUUACGCCAGCAGUUGCAGAGAAGUAAACACAGCAGUCGGCAUCAUCGAGAUAAAGAAAGACAGUCUCCAUUCCAUGGCAACCAUGCAGCUAUUAACCAGUAUCAGGCUCCUGUUCCAAAGAGUGCACUUAUUCCAGUAAUUCCCAUCACCAAAUCAACAGGCUCCCGGUUCCGGAAUAGUGUGGAAGGAUUGAAUCAGGAGAUUGAAAUAAUAAUUAAAGAGACUGGGGAAAAGGAAGAACAACUUAUACCACAAGAUAUUCCAGACGGCCAUCGUGCACCUCCGCCCCUUGUGCAGAGAAGCAGCAGCACGCGCAGCAUCGACACGCAGACCCCCGGCGGGGCAGAGCGGGGGAGCAACAGCAGCAGCCGCUCCCAGUCUGUGUCCCCCACGUCCUUCCUCACUAUCUCCAACGAGGGGAGCGAGGAGAGCCCUUGUUCGGCUGAUGACCUGCUUGUUGAUCCCAGGGAUAAAGAUAAUGGGAACAACUCUCCUUUGCCCAAAUAUGCAACCUCACCAAAACCUAACAACAGUUACAUGUUCAAAAGGGAACCUCCUGAGGGCUGUGAGAGGGUCAAAGUCUUUGAGGAAUGCUCGUGUCGUUCUACCUUUAACCGUCACUGUAUCAUAGCCCCACGAGAUCCUAAAAUGGCUGUGCAUGGAUUUCCUCCUUUGCUUUUGUGAUGUUGUUGUCUUGUGGAUUUGGUCAGGGUUAGUAGUUUGCCAGGAGUGUAAUCCGUUGAAUAGCAAUCCUUAGUCACAGUCUUGCGACUGACGUUUCCUUUAUGGUGGUUGGCACUGAGAUAUGUUGCCUAUAGGUUUUGCUAGUUUUCCCUCCAGCAUUCCACACGGUGGGGAAAACAGGCAAGGAGAGCUUUGGAGCAUAAAGAACAGGAACCUUUGAAGAAUCCACAUGGUUUUGGAUUUAGGCUCAUCCUAAUACAAUCACUGCCAGUAUCACAUGACAGCAGUAUUUCAUGUCUGGGUAUGUGGUAGUGAAAUUGAGGAGCAGCUCUUUUUAAAAAGUUAUAGUAAACUGUUGAUAGAAAGCAUCCUUCUAAGAUCUUCACAAACUACCUUAUGAUGCAAUAAUUUAAUGUUCCUGUACUUAUUAUAGGGAGAAAACAAAUACUUGUAAAAGGGAUAUAGUUUAGAAGGUUAAUAUGUCAGUAUGUCCAGAUAUAUCCCAUCAAAGAAAAGCUAGUGGUAGCAAUAAAUCUUCUGAAAGGACUUCUUAUACUCAUGUACCUUUAAAACAUCGAAGUAAUUAAAAAUUUUGCCCUGUUAAGUUGAAAACAGAGAUGUAUUUAGGCAAAUUAGAUAAACUCAAACAUUUGAGUAAGUCUGUCAGGUUUCAGUUGGUGGCAUCGAUGAAUUUUGGUACCCUUUCUGUCCAAAACUAAUUUUCCUGAAAUUAGUACAUUGUGGCUUCUAAAUCAGGAAAAGCUAAGUUAUUCAAAGUCUAAAUGUUCUGGUCAGUAGGUUCUUUGAGAACCUACUGAUUCUUUGCCUCUAUUUACCAUUUCACCACUGAGAACUGCUCUGUCAGAAGUACAAAAGAAAGGUAAAGCUGAAAUCGGGUGAGUUGGUAUCGAUGGUAGGAAGUUAAAAAAUAAGGUUUCAAAAAAAUCCAAAAUCAGUUUUUUGAUUACCUGAAUUCUGUUAAAUCUGUGUUCUUUUCCUUGCCUUACACUUACUUCCCUCUCCAUCUGUACAUGUCACAAGGGUGUUUCACAACUAGAAUGCCACUUUGUAAACAGUUUUUCUUCUUACUCUGUUGUGCAUGUUUAUCUAACUCACAUCUUUCUGUAGAGUUUCAUAUAUCCUUAAACUAAAGUAAUUUACAAUCAGAAUGGGAGAACAAGUUUAAGAUAGUAUUAUUUACGGUCUUAGAGGUGGAACUUUUAAUGUUUGGUUGUAAGGAGAAUGUGAAUUUGCAGGUAAAUGAAUUAUAUGGCAACUAAACAUAGUCCUCAUGUUUGGGAGAAAUAGAGCCUGAGAUUUGAGGAGGGGGGGAAGGUACAAGGUAUAAAAAACUCUUAACUGCCAGUGCCAAAGGGCUAAUUUUUAAGUAUCUGAGCUUUAUGCAGUCUUGCAAAAAUAUUGGUCAUAGUCUACUCGGCUUUUAUGUAACCUUGGUCCACAGGUGGUUGACUUUUUUAAAAAAAUGGGUCUACUCUCAAUAGAAUGCAUAAUAUUGUUUUCUAAAAUUACAUUCCAUAACUAUCUUGUUAUUCUGUAGAAAACUGUACAGAAGGUAAAUAAAUUAGAAUAGCUUCAAUGGGAAUAUAAUUUAAAUUUUUAAAAACUUUAAAUAAAUUUACUUCCAUUGUGGUAAAAGAAAGAAAUAGGUGGCUUGUAUAUUUCAGCAAAAGAAAGCUAUUCUCUGGUUAUAAACUUUGUCAGUGUUAAGUUAUUUUUACUCUUAAACGGUUUUUUCCUUGCGGUGAUAACAUGAAUUUACGGUUUCUGAUCAUUACUAAGUCUAUAUUACUUGUCAUGGCUUUUGUGAGCAGUUAUGUUUUAAAAAUACCUGUUUCGCUUCUUUGAUUAAUAUGGUGAGCAUGGAUGCCAAAAUUAUUUUUUAACUAGAGUCUUCAUUUUGUUUUAAAUAUUUCUUAUAUUUGUGACAAGCCAAAUCAGAGUUUUAGAAGGUGCUAUUGUUAACUGUGGAAUAACUGGCAACAAGGAAGCCUUUUUUUUUUUCUUUCUUUCUUUCUUUUUAAUGGUUGGCUUUUACUGGAAGAAGGUAUUUUAAAAAUAGCAGAAUUUAUAGCUUUCUGUAUGUCCAAGAUUAAGAGUGGGUUGUCAGAGUUUUCUUUUGUUAAAGGAAAUAAAAGAAAAAUUGCCACUACUGAAUUUACUAUUCUAAAGAUUCAUUCCUUAAUGCUUAGAAUUUUCAGUGUCUCAAGACCAGACCAGUGGACGUGCUGAAUUUGCAUUAAGAAAGCUAAAACACUUAACUUCGCACUUUAAGGUUUAUGUUUUACUCUGCCUAAAUUAAUGAUAAGCAGAGCAGCCCUGAACAAUAUUUUGUCUAUACAAUCCUGUUGAAGAAUAUAAUUUAUGUUUUUUAAAAGUCUUUAUUUUUCAUCUCUGUUGAAGCUGUGUAAAUCUUUUUAAAAUGCAAUUUUUAAAGUUUCGUUUUUCUAACAAAAUUCUCCCAAAAAACAGCAUUUCCAAUGGUGAUAAAUAUUGUUACUGUGUACUUAUGUAUUCCCUAUACCUGAACACUUGUUGCUGCCUCACAAGAAAAUAGAAGUUUUAUGUUAAAAAUAAAGUCUGUUCUUCUUGAAUCUUUUUCUGUGUACUUUUAUGAAUAUUGCCUCAAAUUCAAAUUUCUUUCUUUUCAGACAUUUCUAGCUUGAAAUAACUUUAGUAUGUUCUUUUUCACAGAUAGAAAAAUGAAUUUGUGUUUGUGUUAGGUAGCAGGAUAUAAAAUAUUGUCAGUUGUUACUUCCUUGCUACCUCCUUAACUUGCUCUUGAACUGAGCACCUGAUCUUUGUGUUAAGUGCUAAGCAAAUGUUAAAAUAUAAGCAAGCAUACUGAAAGACGUACCUGUUUAUAUGUAAUUCAGUACUUUAUAGGUUGUUAGAGAUUUAGCUGGGGGCAGUCACUUAAUUUCAUUCUAAAGUACAGAUAGAGGAGUUUUUUCCCCGUUUGUUUUGGUAAUUCAUUCUUUCUGCUUCGUGUCGGUGGUUUAUAAAUGCAAGACAGUUGUUUAGGCUGAAGGGUUUAAUCUGUAUGAAGGCUGCAUGCAGUAUAAUCAUUUAGAAAGCACGGUCAUCUUUUAAGUGAAAUAAAAGUGUCACCAUAGCUGCCUGUCAUAAAAAGUGGUCACCAAAUUACUUUGCAAGAAAUUCUAAAAAUUAUUCCUGGGGGUAAAUGUUAACCAGAAUUUGGAGAUUAUAACAUUAUAAUUAAACACAGCAGCAAACGUGAAGAGAAUCUCUCAAAUUGGCGUAAUAUUUUCUCCCAUUCUUUUUACUCUCUGUCUUUUCCUUCCACCUUUAAAGAGGUUGAGAGGAGCAAAUUUAGAUCUCAAGCUGGGUGUUCCCAUCUUCCCCCAUUUAUUUAUUUAUUUUUUUGCUUUGGUUCAUUAGUAUUAAAUAUACGCCCUCCCCCCAAAAGUUUUUAGGUCUAUAAUGAUCCUUUCCUUAAAAGAUCAUUAUAGACUUUUCAGUUGCUUUCCUUAAAAGCAACUGAAAGUUGCUUUUCAGUGGUUGGAUGUGAAGUAGUAUCCUCUUCCUAGGAGUUCCCUGCCAAUGUAUAUCAAUAUCAUUUUUUUCCCUUGCUAAGAUUAUGUUUGCUUUCUAAAUAUUUUAAACCUCUAUUAGAACAUGGUAUGAUAAUACAGAUAGCCUUUGUAUCUCUUUGGUUCAGUGUUUCUCAAACUGUUUGGGUCUUGAAAUGAAUUAAGUGGGUCCAGCCAACAUUUUUUUUUAAUGAAGCAGAACAGGAAACAAAAGUAUAUUGAAGACAUCAGGGAAAUAGUAUUUGUAUGUAAAGCUUUUGCUAGCCAUAGGGAUAUAUAUGUACUAGGUUGUAAAGUAAAAUAUAUUUCUUACUGUGAGUUGUAAUCAAAAUGAUUUGAAAAAUACUGUUGUAGAUACAACUUCUGUAUAUGUGUUUUGGAGUUGGUCUGGUAUCUUAACACAGAUACUGGAGUCUUUAAAGACAUUGUUUCUACUUCUCUUUACUAAGCAUCUCCAAAUUGCUGGGUUUAUUUUUAAAAAUUCUUGUCUUUUCAGCAGUUUGCAUCUUCCUCAAACUGAGAAUUUAUCGCCAUAUACUCUUUGAUUUUAUACAGUAGCAUGGAUGAGUCAUGCUUAAUCAUUGUGUUUUAGAGAAGACUGUCAUGGAGCUCUGAUGGCCAGAAACCCAGGAGUAUGACCAUUCAUCUCAGUUCCAUGCCUUAAGCAGUUAGUUUUUGAGAUCACUGGGAUGAUUCAGAGGAGUUGCAGGGAAAGCCACAAUGUGGGUACUACUUCUGGCUCUGCAGCUUAAUAGUCAUGGGAUCUUAGGCAAAGAAGUCACCUCUCUGAACUUUAGUUUUCUUAUGUGAUUUUAGGAAAUGCUGAUGCCAGUGCUGUCAGUUAAAUGGCUAGUGUGAAAAUAACUUAAAAAUCUGGAAGCAGACACAUGUUAUCAUCUCCUUUCUAUUUUGUUAGGUAAGUUUAUUCAUCCCUUAGGAAAGCCACAAGUUGUUGGUCAUGGAAAAUGAUCCCAUAAAAUUCAUUUUACCUUGUAAAGUAUAAUAUAGUCAAAGAUGUUGAGCUGAAUCAUAAUAAAAAUAGGUAACACUUACUGAUAGCUUUCCAAGUGCCAGGCUUGGUGCUUAUUACAUUAACCCUGUGAAGCCAGGUACUGCUAGUUACUGUCUUAUAAAUUGCAAAAUUGGAAUUAGAUUAAUUUAUCCAUGGUCAUACAUCUGGGAAAUGUCAAAAUCUGGCUUUGAACCAAUUCUGAUUCUAGAACUCAGACUUACUGCUACUUCUCCUAUGACAGUGACAUUAAUAAAAUAUAGGUGUUUGGUAUCAUCGCAGAUUCUGUGCCCUUGGGUCAUAGCCUUGUUUGUUCUUUGUGGUCUUCUUCAUUGCUUCAACUGCUGGCAUCUUGGUUCAGAGGGCGAAAACAAAGUAACCUGGUUAGACACCACUUCCUGACCAAGGUAGGUAGUGACACAAAUCCUCAAGCUCUGGGUUUUAAUGUUGCUAUAGCUGCAGAAAUUCAAAAGAAAUAUUUUCUUUAGUUUGGGGCGCACGUCUGUUAGAGAGGCAGAAAGUAGCAACUUCACAUUUUUGGUGGAUUUUUUUUUUUUUAACUGACUUUUUGAGGUAAAGACUUAACGAAAGUAAUUUUUUAACCUCAAUUACUUGGUAUGCCCAUUUCAGACAGACUAUAAAAUGAAAUCACCUAGACCAGGGCUCCCCAACCUUUCUGGCACCAGGGACCGGUUUCGUGGAAGACAGUUUUUCCAUGGACCGGAGCAGGGAGGGGGUUCAGGCGGUAGGUAAUUCAAGCGAAGGGUAGCAGCACAUGAAGCUUCGCUAGCUUGCUGGCUCGCCACUCACUUCCUGCUGUGUGGCCUGGUUCCUAACAGCAGGGGGUUGGGAACCCCUGACCUAGGAUCACAAUUUAGUUCAUAUAUAAUAUUAACAGUAGUUAUUCCUGUUUGGUAGGUUGGUGGAUCAUUUCUUUGUCGUCUACUUUUACAGACUUUUAAAUGACAGUAUUACUUUGAAAUGGGAUAAAGAAAACAACUCUUUUUUCUUUAAUGUAAAAACAUGCCCUUCAAAAUCUUACCUGAUAACACCACUCAGACCUUUAUCUCCAGGUUGUACUUAUUUUUGGACAUUGGUUUAUUUACACGACUGACUAGAGAACCAUGUCUUGACUUUAGAUGCCAAGGACAGUUCUUGCUGAACUCUUUAGUCUUCUUUUAAAUGGCACAUAAAACAUGGAAGAAAUUUUUUGUUGGGCUUAUGGAUGUGACCCAUCCUAACGAACAAACGUUUUUCUUCCUAUCCUGUUCUAUAGGUUUUCUUUGCUAUAUUUAAAUACCUUACUGUUGUGUUUUAAAUGCAUUACUUUCAAUACUGCUGAAUUAGUUAAUAUUUUAAAGUUUGUGUUUCCUUCCUAGUUUAAUGUCUAUAUGCCAAGAUUCUGGGUCUGCUUCA